AGUGAACAUACCUGUAGCACUCUGUAGUGCAGUGAAAGGAGUUGUUCAGUUGACAUACGCAGUUAAGGAAUUCUAUUGUAUUGUAUGACUAGGCGAAAUCAAAAUUUUCUACUUAUUAGGUUUAAUCCCACAUUAGAAUCAUCCAAACAAUAAAAUGGCUGCCCGUCCCAGAGGUUAUGGAAUGACAGCUGAGAUCUCAAGAAAGAUUGCUGGAAAGUAUGAUGAAGACUUAGAACAACAAGCUAGACAUUGGAUUGAAGAUGUAACUGGAGAAUCUUUGGGAGAGGGGGAUGCACCAUUAGGACUGGACAAAUUCCAAGCAGUAUUGAAAGAUGGUCGGCAUUUAUGCAACCUUAUCAACGCACUGAGACCAGGAAGUGUAAAGAAAAUCAACGCUGGAAGCAUGGCCUUCAAACUUAUGGAAAAUAUUAACCAGUUUCUCACUGGUUGUGAAAACUUUGGGGUACAAAAGCAAGAUUUGUUCCAAACUGUAGACUUAUAUGAAAAACAGAAUAUGGUUGCCGUGGUGAAUGCCAUCCAUGCCUUAGGAAGAGCUGCCCAGAAGAAUGGAUACAAUGGUCCAGUACUGGGACCCAGGGAGGCCGCAGCAAAUAAGCGAGAAUUCUCAGAAGAGCAGCUCCAAGCUGGCAAGGGUGUGAUUGGUCUACAAAUGGGAACAAAUAAAGGUGCUAGCCAAGCUGGACAGAACUUUGGAAAACAAAGAAUGAUCAUUGAUUAAGCAAGUGGUCAACACUGUACUGAUACAAUGUAUACUGUGGAAUACACAGGAUUUAGCCAUAUUACUAUGACAAGUCAGUAUAGCAACUUGCCAAACUGUGUCACCAAGUAAAUGUUUCAGACAUAUUUCCAGCAUUGUUGAAAAUAUAUUUUUAUUUAGGCAAUAGCCUAUGAGGAUUGGGGCAUUACAAAGAAAAUAUUUGAACUAAUUUGGAGGAAAAUAAAAAUAAAGGAAAUAAUUAACAUCAGAAUCACUAGGGCCUAAUCAACCUGGAUGUAAUAUUUGCAAAAAUUAUAACUCGAUCUUGGAUAACA